CAUCGUCUCUUCUCUACUGAACUUAUCCAGUAUUCUUAGGACCUUCGAUUAUACACAGUUGUUUCGGAUCUAGAGGCCAUGUUUUUUCUGUUGUUCCUGAACCGAGUGUAAGUACGGAAUACCUGAAAAUCAAUGUAGAGCACGCAUGCGCGCCGGUUCGCGUUUGACAGCCAGCUCGGCCGGUGAUAUUUUGUUGAUAAUCCCUUAAAUAACACCAUAGAACAAUCUCACAUUGAAUAAAAAUAUCUAAAACAAAAGCAAAAAAUGUUUAAUCUAAUAACUUCACACGUUACUUGACUGUAACGGAUAUAACGGCCAGUGAUCGUGAUUCUAAAAAUAAAUUUUGCCAUUUAUUACAAUCAUGUAAUGUGAUUUUGUGACAAUAAUAUUUCGAUUGGGCAUGUCUGAUUAAUAGUGUAAACGUGCAAAUAACAUAAAACAACGAUAUGUGGGACGGGUGAACCGUUCAGUUUACUUAACUUGUUAACUAAAUCAAAUUGUCAAGAAAAUAGCUACGAAAUGAAGUUGUUUUAGAAAUGAGUGAUUGUAAGUGAAGUAAGAUGAACGAGACGCUCGGACGAGGGUACGCACGGAUAGAGGCUAUACGAGCAGCACGAGGGGAGCCUCUUGGGAACAUGGAGCCCGGCGCUCCGCCCCCGGACCGGUACAACUCUGUGUACUUCACGCUGUUCGUCGCUGGCGCAGCUUUCCUGUUGCCCUUUAAUAGUUUCAUAAUGGCAGUGGACUACUUCCAGCACCACUACCCGAACACCACCAUAAUGUUUGACAUGUCGACGGUCUACAUCGCUUCGGCUUGCGUCGCGGUGGUCGCUAACAAUCUACUAUUGGAUUUGUUUACAUACAAUACUAGGAUAACUUUUGGUAUCCUCGUCUCCCUAGCAACGAUGCUAUUCGUGGCUGUGUGCAACAUCGGGUGGGACGGGUUCUCGACGCGCGUGUCCUACACCAUCAACCUGGUGGCCAUCGGGGUGGUCGCGUUCGGCUGCACCGUGCAGCAGGCCUCGUAUUACGGGUUCACUGGGUGUCUGCCACCGCGGUACACGCAGGCUGUUAUGGCGGGAGAGAGCGCAGCCGGUUUCUGGGUAUCACUAGACCGUAUCGUAACAAAGUACGGUUUCCGCCAACCGCGCCGCAGCACCUUCAUGUUCUUCGUAUUCUCCAUCCUGAUCCUGCUGGGGCACUCCAUGCUGCACCACGUGAUGAUGAAGCACCCUCUCGUGCUGCAUUACCUAAGGCUGACGAACGAGUCCCGACAUCGGCGGAGAAUACAGUUACAUCUCAACCCUAACGAGGAUGCUACAUUGAUGGAAGGAGAAUCAGGCGACGGCAGUUACGGAGUGUUGAAAUUGCAGAGUCCAGCUGUGUCAACUACUGGGCAAGGAGACAUAGAAACCAAUACAUUCAGCUUCGCCAACCCGCUGUACUCGCCGACGGCAUCGGCGCCAGUGCCGCUGUCCACGCCGAGCGCCUCCGAGCCGGCCACCUCCCCUCCCGCGGCGCUGCGCACCCCCCGCCCCUCCUACAAGGUCGAGGAUGUCGUAUUCGAGGCCCCUGAGAGGCCUACGUCGUGGAGGGCUUUUAAACGAGGCGUGUUAGCACGUUGGGCGGUAGCCCGGUCUAUCUACCCCUACAUGGUCUCCAUCGGGCUGGUAUACUUUACGACACUAAGCUUGUACCCCGGCAUCGCUUCAGAAGUCCCGUCCUGCCGUCUUGGUGACUGGAUGCCCAUCAUACUCAUGUCAGCGUUCAAUCUCUUUGACUUCAUUGGAAAGAUAGCAGCCGCGUGGCCAUAUGAGUGGAGCCGCAGUCAGCUGCUGAUGGCAAGUGGCGUGAGGUUGCUGCUAGUGCCGCUCAUGCUGCUGUGUGCCGCGCCGCGCCACUCGCCGCACAUCGUGGGGGAUUUCUACCCUAUCAUGUUCUCCGUCGUUUUGGGUUUCACCAACGGGGUGUUCGGUUCUGUGCCUAUGAUCAUGGCGCCUUCGCGAGUCGGCCGUGAGCAUCGUGAAAUUGCUGGCAAUAUGAUGACUCUUUCUUACAACGGUGGCUUACUCUCCGGCUCGCUAGUGUCAUACCUCCUGUUGGGUAUGCUCGGCGCGCCAACCGGCGCCCCGUGCCGCGCCUACCCCACACCUGUGCUGCCAACUAUCGCGACCACCACGCCGCACUCUAACCUCACUACAGUACAUUAAC